AUGGCUGGCAAAAAGAGAAAGGCCUCUGCACCCAGUGCGAAGAAUGGCACACAGGAUUUUGACAAGUCGAAAGGGAAAGUGGCCUUCACAACAUAUGAAGAUAUCGCGGACUCGGAGGAUGAAUUUCAUAUCAACAGAGAUAAAGUUAUGUUGGACGAGGAACCCCAUGCAAAACGCCAAAGAAAAUCAAGAGAUGAAGAUGAAUUAAUUGAACAAUCGGACGAAGAAAUCUUAGGAUACUCGGAAGAGAGCUCCGAGGCGGAAGAAGAAAUUGAAGCGCCAAAAUCGAAGAACAAAUCUAAAGCACAAUUAUCUGACGAUGAGGGCGCAGAAGAAGAAGACGCAGAUGCUGAGGGUUGGGGAUCGUCGAAGCGCGACUACUACGAUGCGGAUAAUAUUGAGACUGAAGCCGAUGCGCUGGAGGAAGAGACAGAGGCUAAACGAUUACAACAAAAGAAACUACAGAAAAUGUCGGAGGCUGAUUUUGGGUUCGAUGAGAAUGAAUGGCUGGGCGAGGGAGGUGAUGAUGAAGAGGGGGAUGUGGUAACAGAGGUUCUGAAGGAUGUGGAGAUCACCGAAGAUAUGAGCCCGGAAGAAAGGUUAAGGAUACUACAAACGAGAUAUCCGGAAUUCGAGUUUCUGGCGAACGAAUUCGUAGCACUACAGCCUGUCCUACAAGAUUUACAGAAGGAAGUAGAUGGAAUGUCUGAGGAUGCAAUUGAAGCAAUGCCUAUUCCAGUUGUGAAGGCCAGGACUUUGGCAGCUUACAUGGCUGCUUUAAGCAUGUACUUUGCGAUAUUAACCUCUCCGGUGAAGGAUGGUAAAGUACAGGGGAAGACUAUUGAUCCACUAGAGUUGAGAGAUCACGCUGUUAUGGACAGCUUACUGCAAUGUCGGGAGUUAUGGUCCAAGGUCAAAUCAAUCGAAGCUGCAGAGGAGGAGGCUAGCUCGGAAGACGAUUCAAUGGAGGAUCUAGAGAACACAAUCACGGCAGAAGAGGAGACGGAGACAAUCCGACCAACCAAGAAGUCUAGGAAAGAGUUGGCUCGCAUUGCUGCAGCUGAAAGGGCCGCUGCAAAACGUAGUAAACAAAUUCAGGAAGCGGAGGCUGACUUGGCAGAUCUUGAUGAUCUUGUCUCGAAAUCGAAGAAAUCGAGGAAGGCAUCGAAAGCUCUUGUCGAGGCAGAUGACGAUUCUGAUUUUGGUGAAGAAGAAUCUAUGGAUGCCAAGGCUGCGGAAGAAAAGGCUAAGAGAAAGAAGUCACUCAAAUUUUACACAUCUCAAAUUGCCCAGAAAGCAAACAGAAGAGCUGAUGCUGGAAGAGGAGCUGGUGGUGACGAGGAUCUACCUUACAGAGAAAGGCUUCGAGAUCGUCAGGCACGACUCAACCUUGAGGCUGAGAAGCGGGGAAAGAAAUUGGAUGAAUAUGGAAGGGGCACGGCUCUCGGUGGAGAUAGCGAUGAUGACGAGCAAGCGGCUGUUGCUGACGAGGUUCGAGAUGAUGGAGACGAGUAUUAUGAUAUGGUCGCACAAACAUCGAAGAAACGCAAGGAUGAAAAAGACGCCAAGUACGCAGCAAUUGCAGAAGCAAAGAAAGCAGGAAAAUUGGCGAGAGUGGUUGAGGUGGAGAAUGAUGAAGACGGGAAGAGAGCUAUUGGAUAUGUUAUUGAGAAGAACAAGGGAUUAGCGCCAAAGAGGAAGAAGGAGGUCAGAAACCCCAGAGUAAAGAAGAGGAUGAAGUACGAUGAGAAGAAGAAGAAGUUGAGUAGUAUGCGGGCUGUGUACAAGGGGCGGGGAAGAGAAGGGUGGGUUACGGUGGUGGAAAGACUGGUAUUAAGACUGGUCUGGUUAAGAGUAGAAAGUUCUAGAAGCUAG